AUGUGGAAUCCCGCUCGCUGCCGAUAUCCAGUCACCAGGAGACUUGCCGAGAAGGCCGUAGACGCCACAGUGGAAAAACGCCUGCGACAACUGCAACCACCCACUCCCGACCUCUUUGGAAGUUACCUCUCUGGCGAAAAUGAAGCGGAAUUCAGGACUCCAAGCAGCGGCCUACGUUCAAUCUGGACCGAGGCAAGGAAGGCCUCCUCCCGGCUCAAUGUCAGGUGGAGCUUCAACCAGGACGGCCCACAGCUCGACAAGGACAACACCACCAUCCCACCCCAAGGCCGGACCAAAAUAAUGCGCACAUUGUGUGGCCAAAUUCAGCAAGACCGUGACAACCGGCUCGUCUCCCUGGCCAACCAGGGAAAGGUCAUGGAGUGUGUGGCCCUCGAUCGCUCGAGUUCCCACUUCAUGCGUACCGGAUUCUCCACACGAUUCCCUGACUGGCGGUUUAUACAUCGAGCUCGGCUAAACCUCCUCCCUCUCAAUGGAGCACAGCCAUGGACGAAUGGUGAUAAGCGAUGCAGGCGGUGCGGCGCACAACCCGAAACUCUGCCACAUGUGAGCAACCACUGCAUGCGCUAUUCCCCGGAGUACACCAAACGCCACAACACGAUAGUCGAACGAGUCAAGAAGGCAGCCCAGAACAGGUACAGCAUCAUUAGUGAGAACCGAGUGGUCGGGAACACUGGUCUACGCCCGGAUCUGGUGGUCUCGAGAGGCGAGGAAGCCAUCAUCUACGACGUCACCAUCGUCUUCGAUAACCUCCCGGAUGCUCUUCAGGCAGCCAGGAGAGAAAAAGAACAGAAAUACAUUCCUGUGAAAGAGAGCCUGCAAGGCAGAUUCCACCGGGUGACCGUCGAAGCAGUGGUAAUUGGGAGCCUUGGAGCUGGGACCCUGACAACGACCGUGGACUGCGACGCCUAUGCUCGAGGGAGUACUUACGACUGA